AUGAACGACCUCAAUCGCAGGCCGAAAACGUUUGUGCUAUGUUUCGAUGGGACAGGGAACAAAUUCUCUGGAACAGAUGAGGACAGCAAUAUUCUCAAAAUUUAUCGCAUGUUGGAUAGGAGCGACGACCAGUUAUUUACCUAUUAUCAGCCGGGAAUCGGCACCUAUAUCAGCUCGGGGGAUCUUGAUCAUACGUCCAUAACCGACCGAAUUGGCUCGUGGUACUCCAAAGCCAAGGACUCGGCUAUUGGGACGUCGUUUGCAGAUCAUGUUAUGGGAGGAUACAAAUUCUUGAUGCGCUAUUACAACCCAGGUGAUGACAUAUAUAUGUUUGGAUUCUCCCGUGGGAGCUAUAUAGCUCGUUUCUUGUCUGAAAUGGUAGACCACGUGGGCUUACUCAGUGCAGGAAAUGAGGAGAUGGCACGCUUCGCUUGGAAGACAUUCAGCAAGUGGCAAUCGAGGAGAGGUGGUAGUGGCGCAGAGAACAAGAAAGAAGAGAAGGAGCUGUAUGAGUUCAUGAGCAAUUUCAGAGAAACAUUCUCACGUCCUGUCAAGCGUAUCAGAUUCUUGGGACUCUUUGACACCGUCAACAGCGUCCCCCGGUUCGAGAAUGCUUGGAUGCAACGUUCAAAGUUCCCGUAUACAGCAAGGUCGAGCGCCAAGGUCAUCAGACACGCUGUGGCGAUCAAUGAGCGGCGCGCGAAGUUCCGACAAGACCUAAUAUCAGGGGCAAAGCUAUCCGAAGAAAAGCACCAUCAUCACUUCUGGCCUCACAGAACCUAUGGCGGUGUCACGCUCACUCAUACAGACACAGGAGAGCGAUCUCAGAAUGAGACCUCUGAUACACCUCAGAUGAAGCCCCAGACUACGGCUGAACCUGAGGCUCAGGUACCCUACAUAACGGUGGAUGCCGCUUCUCCCCCACUCGAACCCUCCGCCCGACCUCCAGUCAAGUCGCAGGAUUCGCACCACAGUCGCCUGAGCUUAGCUCAGCCGGUCAUGAAUCCGUCUUUGGAAGACAUUAGAGGUCGAAAUUUUAGCAUCGCUGGACCUAUAGACACACAAUCGCUAGAGGGGCUGAGAGAUCACUCUCAAGCGUCAUACCGAUCUCACCGAGCGUCGCAACAACGGCAAUUCUCCGGUCAGAAUAAAAAGCAACAUAUCGAGGAAGUUUGGUUUGCAGUAUGGAUGGUCCACGCUGCGAGCAUGGCUGGCCUGGAAUUCGACCGCUACAAGAUGGCAAAGCUCAACUGCUGUCCAGAUGACUUGGACGAUGAUGGUGAUGAAGACCACGAGAAGAAGCAUAAACACUUCCACGAUGCAAUCCGUGAAAGCGGCUGCAGAGGCUUCAUGCAUGAUUGUCUGCAAUUUGGUGGCGGCUUGCCCCGUAUGUCUGUUCUCACAUGGAUGCUCAUGGAAUACCUUCCUUUUAGGCGAAUGGAUUUGAGGCCUGAUGGAUCGUGGAAGCCGAUCCGUUGGCCUCUUCCUGCCGGCGAAACACGAGACAUCCCAGAUGAUGCCAAGAUCCACAACAGUGUCAUCAAACGAAUGCAGGAGGAUGAAAACUAUCGGCCCGGAAACCUGAUCAUAGGAGGAGGGGGGAGAGGAGUAAAGAAGGCAGGUAAGGAAUAUGGCAUUGGUCAGUGGAAGGUCAGCGGCCAUGAAGGAGAUCCAAUUCGGGAGGUAUAUGUCAGAAUGAAGCCGACAAACGGGAAGACUGAAUGA